AUGUCUUCCACCUCGACGUCUCCCAAGCCCGCUGCGGCUCCCAAGUCCAAAAUGACAACCUACGACACCAAAGACAUGGGCCCCCAGCUCGCCCGCAUCGCCGCCUCGACACGCACCACGCACGAGAAGCGCGUCUGGACAGCCCUGUGCCAGGUGCCCAAGGGCCAGGUCACCACCUACGCCAUCCUCGCCGCCCAUCUCGGCUCGUCGCCCCGCGCCGUCGGCAACGCGCUGCGCCGCAACCCCUUCGCGCCCCAGGUCCCGUGCCACCGCGUCGUGGCGACGGGCGGCAAGCUCGGCGGCUUCAAGGGGAAGUGGCCGCGCGACGGCGAGGGCAUCACGCUUGACGAGAAGAGGAUGCUGCUGAGGCGGGAAGGCGUCAAGAUUGACGAUGCCGGCCGGGAUUUAGGGGACGCCUUUCCAGGCGUCGCCUAG